UCGAACACGUGACCAUUAAGCGGAGCCGACCAAAAUCCCAAACAAGGAAAUGGUGGGGUAAUAAAACGAUCGGAUCAUUUAAUUAAUGCAUGUAAUAAUUAAUAUUUUAUUUUAUUGUAAAUUAAGAAACAUUUAUGGGUUAAAAUGGACCACGACUUCAAAACGAAGCUCGCCGCCGAGAGGGAGAGAGUGGAAGAUCUGUUUGAAUAUGAAGGUUGUAAAGUGGGUCGCGGCACAUACGGGCAUGUUUAUAAAGCGAAGCGUAAAGACGGGAAGGAUGAGAAGGAGUAUGCACUGAAACAGAUAGAAGGCACUGGUAUUUCCAUGUCUGCCUGCAGGGAAAUUGCUUUGCUGAGAGAGUUAAAGCAUCCAAACGUCAUCGCCCUGCAGAAAGUAUUUCUCUCUCACAGUGACCGCAAAGUCUGGCUCCUCUUCGACUAUGCUGAGCAUGACCUGUGGCACAUCAUAAAAUUUCAUCGAGCAUCAAAGGCCAACAAGAAACCCAUGCAGCUACCGAGGGGGAUGGUGAAGUCUCUGCUUUACCAAAUCUUAGACGGCAUCCAUUACCUGCAUGCCAACUGGGUCCUGCACAGAGAUCUGAAACCUGCCAAUAUCCUGGUCAUGGGGGAAGGCCCAGAACGAGGAAGAGUCAAAAUUGCUGAUAUGGGUUUUGCCCGACUAUUUAACUCUCCACUGAAGCCUUUGGCUGAUCUGGACCCAGUGGUCGUCACAUUCUGGUACCGAGCACCCGAACUACUGCUCGGGGCGAGACACUACACCAAAGCAAUCGAUAUUUGGGCAAUAGGCUGUAUCUUUGCGGAGCUGUUGACGUCAGAACCAAUCUUUCAUUGUCGACAAGAGGACAUAAAGACCAGCAAUCCUUUCCAUCACGACCAGUUAGAUCGCAUAUUCAGCGUCAUGGGCUUCCCAGCAGAUAAAGACUGGGAAGAUAUCCGGAAAAUGCCAGAAUAUCCGACUCUACAGAAAGAUUUCAGAAGAACCACAUAUGCCAACAGCAGUCUUAUCAAAUACAUGGAGAAACAUAAAGUCAAGCCAGACAGCAAAGUGUUUCUACUGCUCCAGAAAUUGCUGACUAUGGACCCCACCAAAAGAAUCACUUCUGAGCAGGCACUGCAGGACCCAUAUUUCCUGGAGGAUCCCUUACCUAAUCUCAGAGGAGAAAUCUCAACGAUCAAAAGUAUUGUAUUUGCAGGUUGUCAGAUUCCCUACCCCAAACGAGAGUUUCUAAGUGAGGAUGAACCAGAGGAGAAAACAGAGAAGAAUCAGACGCAGCAGCACCAGCAGACGGCUGCACAGACGCAGACACAAACGCAGACACAGCAGGCUCCAACACAGCAGAGCUCAGCGCAGACAAACGGCACAUCAGGCACUGCAGGGGCCAACACGGGCCCCUCCAUACAGCAUGGACAGGAACAGGGGCCACCAAACAAAAAACCUCGCACCUCAGGAACCAGUGUUCUUCAAACAGACUACCAGCACUCCAGCUCGCGGCUUGGUUACCAGAGCAACGUCCAAGGCCCUUCCCAGUCGCAAAGCACUAUGGGAUACUCGUCCUCAUCUCAGCACUCUCAUCAGUCUCAUCGAUACUGAGACUCAAAAACAUACAUGAGCACUUAAAAGAAAUAUUAACCACAAGCAUAAACCAGGCAAGUCAAUGUUGUCAUUCAAAUAAAUUGCUGGGUCUGUCCCGUAAUAUUGCCCCAAUAUAAACAUAAAACUUACAAAGCCUCCUGCCAUCCCACAAUUCUCAGCAAAUGCUACUCCAACCAAAGCACAACUUUACAAUCCCUUUCUUUCAAUCAGAGCUCCUCUGAAGAACCAGAGCCAAAAUCAUCAAUCAAAAUUGGACUUUUUCCUCAAAAUCUCAACAGUUUUUCAAUACAUUAAAACAUCCGACACUAACCAUACCUAAAGGUCUGCUGACUGUUUAGCAUCUUCAAUGCUUACUCAUUCUUAUUUUACCACCGUUAGACCAAAACAGUCUCAAAAUGAUCAGCCAAAUGCUAUUCGGGUCAUAGCUACAGAUAGACACAAUGAAUGUGUGCAAUGCUGUGUCUGUCCUUUUGGGCCUACAGCUGAAAAUCGACUAGUGGGACACCAGACUAAUGCAUAGUCAGUAACACGAUCCGAACUUCAGCAUUACUGAUUGCAGCUACAGCCUUUCUGAGAUUCCCCCGUAUGACAACCCUGAAACAAAUCAAAUAGAAACAUCUACGGUAUAUAAGCAGCUGUACAUAGGAACCGAAAUCCCCUCUUAUCUCUCUCCUCCUCCUCCUUCCCAGUAAAGGGAGCUGCCUGCAUGUACGGACAGUCGAGCAGAGACUGGAUUUGUGUGACAUAUGUGUGCAUAUUUUAAAGACUGAACAAAGAGCAUCUCUCAUAGCUAUCGUGCACCACUGCAUUAUUACACACAU